AUGGAGUGGCUAGAACAAGAAGCCAUUGCCACAGCACCCAUCACAUGCAAGCCCAAGUUAUGGAAAAGGUAUGUUGAUGAUGUGGCAGAGGUGGUGAGGAGAGGAGCCCAGCAAGAGCUCACAGACCACCUUAACAGCAUCGACCCCACCGGCAACAUACAGUUUACGUAUGAAGAGGAGAAGGAAGGCACACUACCUUUCCUUGACACCCUUCUAGUGCGUAAGGAGGAUGGCACAGUGAAACUUUUGGUGUACAGGAAGAGUACGCACACGGACCAAUACCUAAACUUCCAGUCCCACCACCCCCUGCACCAAAAGUUAGGAGUAAUCCGUACCCUGUUGGACCGAUGCAACACCGUCACCACUGAAGACCAGGACAAAGAACAGGAAACACAACACGUCAAGAGAGCCCUCACACGCUGUGGCUACCCCCAAUGGGCCUUCAACAAGGUGGAACAACAGAAGAAGAGACCUAAACAGAAAGAACUGAGCACCAAACAACAGGAAAAGACGAAAGGUAUGGUGACCAUCCCUUACAUCAAAGGAGUCACGGAACCUUUGGAAAGGGUAUUUCGGAAACACGGGAUAGCUACUGCAGUCAAACCCAAAACAACACUGAGAAGUCUGUUAGUGCAUCCUAAGGACAAACAGGAGGACUUAGCCAAAACAGACUGUGUGUACAGAAUCCCGUGCCAGAGCUGUGAUCAGGUGUAUAUUGGUGAAACAGGAAGGACUUUUGGGACAAGGUUAGAAGAACACAAGAAAGAAGCCAACAACAUAGAUGCCACAAGAUACACAAGAUCACAGAAAAAACUUGCGCUCAAAGAAGAAAAGAAGUCGGCAGUUACAGACCAUAUCGCCAGGAACAAUUGCGUAAUUGACUGGGAGGGGGCGAAGAGCAGCCUGCUGACUCGGUGUCGCCACCGCGUGAACCAGGACUGCCUGCCGACUUGGUGCCACCGCCGCGUGAACCAGGACUGGAGCAGCCUGCUGACUCGGUACCGCCGCCACGUGAACCGGGACUGGAGCAGCCUGCUGACUCGGUACCGCCGCCACGUGAACCAGGACUGGAGCAGCCUGCUGACUCGGUGCCGCCGCCACGUGAACCAGGACUGGAGCAGCCUGCUGACUCGGUACCGCCGCCACGUGAACCAGGACUGGAGCAGCCUGCUGACUCGGUACCGCCGCCACGUGAACCGGGACUGGAGCAGCCUGCUGACUCGGUACCGCCGCCGCGUGAACCAGGACUGGAGCAGCCUGCUGACUCGGUGCCGCCGCCACGUGAACCGGGACUGGAGCCGCCUGAUGAACCGAAGCCGGCCGGCGCCGCCGUCUCCUGUCUCAAUCAGGUAA